UCAUCAGUGGGGAGAGGUUGACACAAACUGAGAUGUGGGACGUACGUGACUCCAGCAGACGCUCUUCUCCUCACACUCACAGCUCCCUCUCAGUGCUCAUGAAGUUCAGCUCUUAUCAUCGCCUAUCCGUUCAGUGAUCUUUUUGUCUGAUUUUAUUAUUAUAGGAAUUUCAUUCCGUCUGGAGAUGUGACUUCGUGGAAGUGAUUUUGUGGUUACGUUCGCCGGAUGCGUUGGACACGUGCUUUAUGUUCUGUAGAUACCAUAAUUUUGUUGAUGGAGAGGAUUUCGAAUGACAGCCGGCACAGUGGUCAUCACAGGUGGAAUUCUGGCUGCCGUCAUCUUGCUAACUAUUGUCACAGUUCUGUGUUACUGUAGGCUGCAGUAUUACUGCUGUAAAAGAGACGAGUCGGAGGAGGGGGAGGAGGAGGCUGACGUUGCCAUGGUAUCUCCAAAUCCACUGCGCCAACCGAGUCCACCUGAGAGUCCGCAGAGUCUCCAACACUUCCCUGAAUACACGUCCUCCAAUCAGCUGCUAAUGACUGCAGAGCCUUUUGAGGCCAACGGACCGGUCAGUUAUCCUCAAUACAACAACAGGCCGCCCCGCUCGUACACUUUCUGCCCAUCCUGCUCGGGGUAUCUGCCGCUCUACAUGAGCCCACAGGAGGGGCUGCGUAAUGGAGGUGGCAGGAUCAGCUACAGGACUCUGCAGCAGGAGGAAUUAGACCUGCCAAUGGAGACGCCCAGCUUCCACAAACUCAACCUCAUCCGCUCUGUCACCAUGCAGGAAGUGCUGACGCAUCACAGCAUCAGCACCGAUGUGUAGCACCUCGUAUUCACCUGAAGUAUUCUGUGAUUCACUUUCAGUAUCCUGCUUUCUGUACCCAAUGCUUGAUUUAGAUCUAUCCAAUACAUGAUCUUCAUUCAUUCAUUUAGAAGGAUA